AUGAUUAACAAUUCAAGGCAUCCUAUUGAUUUGGAAACAUUAACCCGAUAUCUGACAAGCCAGAAGCCAGAUAUCUUCGAAGCUCCACUGACAUUAAAGCAAUUUGGUUUUGGACAAAGUAACCCAUCUUACCAGAUCAUUGACGCUAAAGAUCGUAAAUAUGUUCUCCGUAAGCAGCCCCCUGGAACGCUAGUAUCUAAAUCGGCACAUCGAGUUGAUAGAGAGUACCACAUGAUAAAGGCAAUCUCCAGUACAGGCAAGGUACCAGUUCCUGAAGUAUACCUUCUUUGUCAGGAUAAAUCAAUUAUUGGAUCUGAUUUUUAUAUUAUGAACUUUGUGUCGGGGCGUAUAUUCCAUGAUCCUAGAAUACCGUCUUUGUCUGCCAAAGACCGAAACGAAUGUUGGGCAUCGGCGAUUACGACAUUGGCUAAUUUACACAGCCUUGAUCCAAGCAAGAUUGGUCUUCCUAACUCAUUCACCAAAAACCUUUCUAGUCAUUAUCCACGUCAAGUGGUAACUUUAAACAAAGUGCAUGAAGCCCAGGCCCAAGUCACUGAUUCUAAAACAGGCAAGGUUCUGGGACCCAUUCCCAAUUUUGAUACUCUUAUUGAAUUUAUCAAGACCCACACUCCACCAGAGAGAGUUGGGAUUGUACAUGGCGAUUAUAAAAUAGACAAUUUAGUAAGUAUAUCUAGGAUUGUUCUUGUCAUUUUUUAA